GAGAUAAUCAGACAGUCUGAUUGUUGAGAGGUAGACGGCUCUGCCAGCAAUCGCCGAGACUAGGAGAUGACGCGGGUUCAAGUCCGGACGCCGGCUGUACUGUCUGUGGGUUUUCCCUUGGUGUUUUCCCCGGACUCUCUGGGACAAAUGUCGACAAAGUUCCCCGUGAGGUCGACCCCGGACGCACGAACCCCUUCGGUGGUCGUGGCGUUGCAGGUCUGUCCGACUACGAUAAACAGUUCAUCACUACCACCACAACUAUCGUCACCAACAAAGGAGCUGUGGUGUCCCGCCUGAAGCACGAGAAAGAAGAUGAAGUAAACUCCGCAUUGCGUGCGUUCCUCCCGCGAGGAUCAGGUCGCGGUAGUAACAAGUCUGGCACCGCCAUCUGUAAGAACGGCGUUUUUGGGACAGUUCAAAUGGGAAGUGCCCAUAAAAGUUCACAGUCCUGAAGCACCUGGUGCACAAUGGAAGAGACUACUUCUACGCCGCCCAAGAAAAAGGAGCCAUCGGGCAAAGGAUGGCCGCCUGUGGUGUACGGUGUGAUAGGAGCUGCUAUGUAUGACACCGUGCAAGGGGGGACACUGAAGGUACUCGAAUACAAUAUUUCUACCGACAUCAGAAGAGAACUUUGGAGUCCCGUACCUCUUCAGGGCCAAACCGUGUUCCAGAAAAGUGUGGCAUUCUUCCAACACUGUCGCGAUGUGGAGAAAGCGAUGGAUAGCAACUUCGAUGGCAUGAAAUACUUCCUAGAACAACAUGGUAUCACUUUCGAAGAGCGUACGAUGUUGUUCGACCCCUUGGACAUGACAGUUAGAUUCGCCUUCGAGUUCGAUAUUCCUAUUUGGUUCAACUUUACUGCGGAACGGGUCGGUACCGGACAUGACAUCGUCGUCGAGGAGCAGUCCGGAAUUUUGCGGGAGAUAUUUACGUUGAAUAGCAGGGGGACUGACCUUCAUAAAGUGCAGUAUGGACACAAAGUGCCGAAAAAUAUAUUUGCCAGAUGCUUCGAUUCAAACUACAUCUAUGACGUGAUAAAAGACGUGGAAUUUGUAAACGAGACAGUGAAGAACACGCGACUCGGAGCACAGCAACGGAUUCCUCUCUCGAUACUUCUGGACGAUGACGUUAACUCUGGCCUGACUAGACAGUGGACUUCAAUCCUUUCUCACUACAGUAAUCAACAUCUUCCAGGUAAUGCCUACGUAAAGAUUCAUGAACGCCUUCGCAACACCUUUCGAUUAGUGUUCGCUGUAGCAAAUAAUACGGGCGCCAUGAGGAGCUACAUCGCUUGGAGAACUGCCGACACACUGUUCCAAACUGGUGGCCAAGUGGUGGAGAAGGAUACAACGAAAGACAUCGAAGACCACUGUCUGGUCUUGGUGCAGUCGAUGCUGCCUCAUACAAUAGGCCCUUCUGUGCUUUUCAAGACAGUAAACCAACAGAGAGUAAACGCUGUGAAGAAUAUGUUACACGAGAUCGUUACUGCCAUCGACGAUUCUUUCACGCGGUUUACCUUUUUUAACAACAGACGGGAUUCUGCCAGACGCAAGUUGUCUCUGUUGAAGAUGAAUAUUGGCUACAAUUCAAAGUUCGAUGCACCGGAUAAAGUUCGAGAGUACUACCGCACUCUUCCAGACUUGAAGGCGUCUUUCAUCGAAGAUUUCGCCAAAGCAAAACGAUUUCACUCAAUGACUUACUGGGAUCACAUUUUCCGCAACGGUGUCGACUUUAUUAACAACCUUUACAGCGCCCAGAUUCCAGUGUUCGAAGCCAACGCACAAUAUACUGUAAGGAUGAACCUGCUGUCUAUACCACCUGCCAUGAUGUACAGCCCGCUCUCUGCACUUGGAGGACCUACUGAUGUGAACUAUGGCGCUCUGGGACGUCUUAUGGCUCAUUACAUAAUGAAGGGCUUCGGCCUGUACGGGGCUACGGCCUGUACGGGCUUGGAUUCGAUGGCACAGGAGCCCCGUCGUCGUGGUUCCCCGGAGAAAAUGUGAUAAGCUAUGAGGCUAUAAUGUCCUGCAUAGAACGUAUUGCAUUGACCGCACACCGCACCUGGUAAAAGGUAUUCGGUAACGAACAGAGAUGAAAAACUCGCGGACGUCCUAAGAAGUGUUUCUCAUCCUGAACGCUUACAAGAAAGCUAAGGGUUCGAGUGCUAAGAUGUUUUACGUGUCCCGGUGUCUCCUCUGGUGCGGCAGACGGACGUUGCCUUGUAUUGCGUCGGAUGAUCUUCGGUGCAAUCUGCCUUUGAUGAAUUCUGACCAUUUCAGGGACACGUUCUUGUGUCCCUAUAAUUCACCGAUGAAUCCGGCACAGAAGUGUGAGUUCUUCUAGGAGCACUCGCCAGGAAAUAUAGAUUUAUCAUAAGCA